AUUUUGCAUUUCCGGGUAGGGGGCAAGUGUGAGCCACACAUUCCUCCUCCCCGUCAGCUCGGGCACACUGCACAGCACAGCCAUCCAGAGCAGUGUGAUUACAGUGAAGCACACAGACCCUGCCCCCUAGUAAAACACGCCCAGCACACAGUUAACCCUUUGAUCACCCCAGAUGUUAACCCCUUCCUGCCCAGUGCCAUUAGUACAGUGCCAGUGCUUUUUAUUAGCACUGAUCACUGUAUUGGUGUCACUGGGGAUGUCAGUGACACCAAGUCAGUUCUCCCCAGUGUACGAAUGUCCACCGCAGUCCCGCUAUAA